AUGACAAGUGGUGCAAACUCUUCAGAAUCUGGUUUGUCCUCAAAAAGGAAUCCUAAAACAUAUGACAGCUACUUGAAAGAAUUGAACGAGGACUUAAAGUUAAGGAAGCAGGAACUUCUAGAGAUGCUGAAACCUCUGGAAGAUAAGAACAAUCUCUUAUUGCAGAAGUUAAUGGCUAACUUGGAGGAAAAGCAGAGGAGUCUGCAGAUCAUGAGGCAGAUCAUGGCCGGGAGGGGAGGUGAUGAAUCUUCAGUCGAGGAGCUUAUUAAGGAAGCCCAGGAAAUGAAGCAGAACCUGGAAAAGAAAAACGAGAUGCUUCGGAAGGAAUUGGAGAUGCUAUCGAACAAGACAUUUGAGUCAGAAGAGCUCCGUGGUCAACAGAAAGCAUUACCAAAAAAGUCCAAGGCAGACAUGCAAGAUGGGAAGGCUCAGAAAUCCUCCUUCUCACUUUGGAAGGUCAAGAGUGAGUCAGAGAAACCAGACAUCGACAAAGUGGGAGACAUACGGAAGGAAAAGCAACAGAGGAAAAUAAAAUGGGUCAAAUAUGAGGAGCAACCCAACAUCCCUCAGGCGUUGGAAAAUGCCCUCUUUUGGAAUGGCUUUCAUGACAAAGUGAUUGAGGUGAAAAUUGAAGCCCUGAGGAACUACGAGGAGACCAAUGACUAGUUAUCCCUGUACCUACAACACGAUUUUGAGACAAAGCAAGGAGCUUUGAAUCUUCUGAGGCCUCAGGUGUCCUCCUCCCAAAGAAGAAUCACGGCCCCUGAGGCUGUUUUUAGAGAAUGUUUACAAAGGGUUGGAAGGCCUGUAAUUAUGUAUUUAGUCCGAAAGUCACAUGAUGAUGUAGGACAGAGGCUCUUUUUUCUGAAGUCAAUGCCAGAUGAAGCUCUGAAGGAUUAG